AUGGUGACGUCGGCGGUGGUGAACACGUACCCACUGUCGAGCUACACGUUCGGGACCAAAGAGCCCAAGAUGGAGAAGGAUACCUCCGUCGCUGAUCGCCUCGCUCGAAUGAAAAUCAACUAUAUGAAAGAGGGAAUGAGGACCAGCGUCGAAGCGAUUUUACUGGUACAGGAACAUAAUCAUCCCCACAUACUUCUCCUGCAGAUUGGGAACACGUUCUGCAAACUUCCUGGUGGACGACUCAAGCCAGGAGAGAAUGAAAUUGAGGGGCUGAAAAGAAAGCUGACUAGCAAGCUUGGCGCUAAUUCACCUGCCCUUGUGCCAGACUGGCAGAUUGGAGAGUGUGUGGCUAUCUGGUGGAGGCCAAACUUUGAAACCAUAAUGUAUCCAUAUUGCCCUCCUCACAUAACAAAACCCAAGGAGUGUAAGAAGCUUUUUCUUGUUCACUUAUCUGAGAGAGAGUACUUUGCAGUCCCAAAAAACCUGAAACUUCUUGCAGUUCCAUUGUUCGAACUCUAUGAUAAUGUUCAGAGAUAUGGGCCUGUCAUAUCUACAAUUCCCCAGCAGCUUUCAAGAUUCCAAUUCAACAUGAUCAGUUCAUGA